CUCCUACAGUCUGUUAAGGCUAUAUGGGGUGUCUUUGUCUUUAAAUCUCAUUAAUAGUACAGCGUUGUGAGGAUGCUGUUGACGCGAUACAAAACGAAAGUAUGAUUUUGAUACCGGUUAAAAAACAACCAAUGGUCCUGUACCAUUAUACUUAUCAUCAUCAUCCUGAGUGUGGCGGCUUCCCCGAUGUACGGCUGUGUAUAUUUGCGUUGUUCAAGUUGGCCGGCCUGCUGCUGCUGCUGUUUGCCAUUCUGCUCCCCCCCCUCCAGCAACAGACAUCCAAGCGGGGAAAGUCCCCCUGGUUUCUAUUUAAGGGCCUCAUCACCAACCCCUCGUGAUCGCAGCUGCGCUCCGCCUACCACGGCCGCCACCACCACCGCUACCAUCCGUCUUGUUCGCUAUCAUCAUCACUGCAUCGUCAUUCGUGUGCCGUAGCCGGCAUCGCCACGGAACGUUGUGCGGUCAGGCGGCCGGUUUCCGCCUGACCCCAGCUCCGCCGCCCAUCCCCCUCGGCCCCCGGCGCCCGUCCGUUGGAUCGCGGGGUGGUCCUUACGAGGCGGCGGCAGCGGCAACACCCCGGCAACCCCCCAACCCUCCCGCCCCUGCCCCCCACGCCAGCCAACUCCGCGAGUCAACAUGGGCUCGCGAAUCCUGCUGCGGCAGCAGCUGAUGAAGGACCAGCUGUGCGAGGAGGAGCGAAGGACCCAGCAGCAACAGCAGCAGCAGCAGCAGCAGAAUGCGACGUUCUUGCCCGGCCAGCAGCGGCCCAGCGCGCAGACGCCGGCCAUCAACGUGCAGGUGCCGGCCGGCCUGCCCAAGGCGCAGGUGCCAGUGCAGGUGCUCAAGGUCCAGACGAACCUGGAGAAUCCGACCAAGUACCACAUCCAGCAGUCUCAGCACCAGCAGGUCAAGCAGUACCUGACCACGACGCUGGGCACCAAGGUCGCGCACCAGGUGCUGGCCAUUUCCCGCCCGUCGGCGGGCUCCGCUCCUAACAUGACCGGCGCCGCCGCCGGCACUGCCGGCGCUCACGUCUCCCCCGGGCAGCAGCAGCAGCAGCAGUUCGCCACGACGGCCCCGACGGCGGGGGCGAUGUCGGCGGCGGCGCAAACGCAGUCCGUGUCGCCUCACGGCUCCGCCGUGCUGCUGCCGGGCAGCGGCUCCGGCCUCAACAGCCCCAUGGCCCUGCUCAACAUCAACAACAACGAGAGCAGCGAGAGGGAGAUGGAAGACGUCAUCGAUGACAUCAUCAGCCUGGAGUCGAGCUUUAACGACGAGAUGUUCAGCCUCGUCGACGCCUCCGGCCUCCCGCUCUCCAACACGCUGCCGGUUCAAAGCAACGGGCUGGAGGUGUAUGGGAGCACCGGGGUGGUGAUCCCGGGCAUCACGCUGACCAGCACCAGCUGUCCUGCCAACCUGGCGCCCGUCAAGCUGGAGGUUGUGGAAGAUGAGCAUCGUGUCCUGGUGAAGGAGAGGCAGAAGAAAGACAACCACAACCUCAUCGAGCGGAGGAGGAGGUUCAACAUCAACGACCGCAUCAAGGAGCUUGGCCUGAUGAUUCCCAAGUCGAACGAUCCGGACAUGCGCUGGAACAAGGGCACCAUCUUGAAGGCGUCCGUAGACUACAUCCGCAAGCUGCAGAAGGAGCAGCAGAGGCUGCGGGAGGCCGACUCGAGGCAGAAGAAACUGGAGCAGACCAACCGGGGACUGCUGCUGCGUAUACAGGAGCUGGAGCUGCAGGCGAGUACUCACGGCCUGCCGCUGUCCUCCCCCUCCGGCCUCAACACGGCCGAGCUCAUGGCGCAAGUCGGCAUCACCGGCGACGUCUCCGCCGGCUCCGCCGCCUUCGACCUCGGCCGGCACAACCAACCGCCGUCUCGGGCCUCGUCUGACGCGGGCGGCCUGGACCUGGACAGCGUUUGCGGUUUCUCCUCCGGCGGCGCCUUCUCGCCGGCGCUCAGCUUCGGCGGAGACGGCGGAGACGGCGGCAUGGGCGGCGGCGGCGGCGGCGAUGUUCUGAUGGACGAGCUGAUGAGCCCGCUGGGGCCGCGCGACCCCCUGCUGUGCGCCCUCUCGCCCGGCGCGACGUCAAAGACCAGCAGCCGGCGCUCCAGCUUCAGCAUGGACGACGGGGACAUGUGACGGCGCCCAAGGGGGACGGAUUGGACAGACGACGAGGAUGAGAUUGGAGGGGUAGAUGUCGGUGAGGAGAGAGAGGCAGAGGCUGUGAAACAGGAGCAGGUCUUCAACAUUCCAACGUUUGGUUUUCGUUUUUUAUUUUUGUAACGCGUUUUUUAUUCUUCUUCCGUCUUCGUCCGCCGUAGAUUCUUUUGUCGAUGCGGCAAUUGCACGGUUUGCCGGGGUCGUAGGUCGGGAGUUUUAGCAACAUGGAGAUCUUGUGGCAUGUGAGCUGUGCUACGAUUGGACGGUUUGCUCGGGUCGUAGGUCGGCGUUUGAGUCAAGUGGCGAACGUGUGAGAUUCAAGCCGACGUUGUGACUGAUGGUCACGGGUCCCAUAGUUUUAAAGACGCCCAAACCGUGCUCACGUUUGGACAGUUUUGCCACUGACGGAUCGGAAAUCGGCGAUCACAUGGGGUGAUAUACAGGCCACGAUUGGACGGCUGCGUGGGUCGUAGGUCGGAGGAUGUGGGGAUCGUUGUGGUGCAAGAAAUUAGACUGCGAUUGGGCGAUUAGCGGUGUGGGCGAGGUAGGUCCGAUUUUUCCGGAUUUGACAGUUGGUGAGAGUCGUGGGUUCGCGUCACCUUAGGCGCCGUCGAUCGUGAAACAACAACAACAACAACCAACAGCAACUUCAAAGUGGGAAUCUUUAUUAUGAUUAAAAGAAACGCGCCAUUGCGGGCCGUGGAUCCGGGGGGGGGGGUUGCUGUGUUGUUGUCAGCGGCGUCGGUCCAUGAAGCGGGACGAUAAACGUGCAUGGAGGUACUCGCGGCGAGCACCACGGUUACGCACAUUUCGUUGUUGUUACGAAGCCCAGGCUCGUGAUCGAUAUUCCCUGCCGCCGGUUAGUUUCUACGGGAAUAUCUCUCCCGUUCACUUUUUUUUUUCCAUUUACUCACCAUUCCAGAAACUGCGUCGUUAGCGUCUCGAUAUUAAUAUGGUUGUUGUUAUUGUUGUCAUGAGUAGCUCCUAAACUUUCAUAGGAAUGCACCUUUGCGUAUGCCGUAUUCUCCAAAUUUCCACCGGGUGCACUUUUCCUCCCUGUGUGUUAAAGCAAGAGUUGGGGGGGGGGGGUGCGUUUUAUAAUGCGGCACACGUGGGUGUGCGUGUUAGUGCGUGUGCGUGUUAGUGCGUGUUAGUGUGUGUGUUAAGUGUAUGGCUGCUUGUGUGUGAGCGUGCCAGCGCAGCAGUUAGUGCACCGUGCUAGGAACCCGGCGCCCCCCGAGUUCCACUCCCGCUCACGGCCACCAACAUCGGUGACAAUUAUCUGAACCGGCCCUGGGCCUCCCCAAGGUCGUCUCAGCCUCAAUUGAGUAUCUGGAUGCGGUGCGUAAACAUCGCCACUAGGGAGACAAAGGCGGCCGGGCGUGGUGCUGCUGGCCACCCACCCCCUCGUGUGCCGUACCGGCCUUCAUUGGUUCUCGCUCACGGCACUUGCCCCAAAAAUCUGUUAAGGCUACACAGGUGAUCUGUGUCUUUGACCAGAUUUGAGUGACUUUAUUGACACCGGCCACAAGAUUUAGUUGCUUCUUAACUUUGCAGGGCGUCUUAUAACCUGGAGAAUACAGCACACUGCAUUGAAUUCACACACGCACGUGUGUGUGUGUGAAAUCCAAUAAAUACACGUAUUAUGAUAUUCACGCAUAUGUACAUACAUUUACCUGUGAUUAUAACCCGUAUACAUUGCAUAUAAUUGGUUUAUAUCCGUCGGUAAUUGUGCGUGCGAAGUAUAAAUAUAUCUCAAACGUCAAGGUCUCCGACUAGCCUUGUAGACUUUGGAAAGAAGCUGUUGUUGGUGACCACCUACAAAUCCACCUCCUAGGUGCCUGCAUGUUGCUUUAUAAAUAGAAUGUGUAUAUAAGAGAAAAUGUAUCCCGCUGUGCAGUGUUGCAUAGGGCAAAACACUUUAGGGAGCUUUAGACUUUGGCCGCUUGUGUGGGAUAGCCAACGAGAGCGGAGAGAUGGGGGGGGGGGUGGCGGGAGUGGGGGGUUACCACCCCGCCCCCGGUCGGACAGCGUGCACCUCGCGUACGGAGAGUGAAGAACGCUUCCAAGUUUUGACUCUGUGCAAUUUGCGGUGAGCUCGCGCAUUGGGUCUGCCGGGCUCCUUGGUGUGACCCAACCCUAGCCAGACCCUGACCCCUAACACAAACCCUGACCCCUAACACAAACCCUAGCCAGACCCUGACCCCUAACACAAACCCUAACCAGACCCUCACCCCUAACACAAACCCUGACCCCUAACACAAACCCUAACCAGACCUUGACCCCUAACACAAACCCUGACCCCUAACACAAACCCUUACCCCUAACACAAACCCUAACCAGACCUUGACCCCUAACCCUAACCAGACCCUGACCCCUAACACAAACCCUAGCCAGACCCUGACCCCUAACACAAACCCUGACCCCUAACACAAACCCUGACCCCUAACACUAACCCUGACCAGACCUUGACCCCUAACCCUAACACAAACCCUGACCCCUAACACAAACCCUGACCCCUAACCAGACCCUGACCCCUAACACAAACCCUGACCCCUAACACAAACCCUGACCCCUAACACAAACCCUGACCCCUAACACAAACCCUAACCAAACCUUGACCCCUAACCCUAACCAGACCCUGACCCCUAACACAAACCCUAGCCAGACCCUGACCCCUAACACAAACCCUAGCCAGACCCUGACCCCUAACACUAACCCUGACCCCUAACAAACCCUAACUAGACCUUAACCCCUAACACUAACCCUAACCAGACCCUGACCCCUAACACAAACCCUAGCCAGACCCUGACUCCUAACACUAACCCUGACCCCUAACACACACCCUGACCCCUAACACAAACCCUAACCAGACCUUGACCCCUAACACAAACCCUAGCCAGACCCUGACCCCUAACAAACCCUGACCCCUAAUACAAAGCUUGACCCCUAACACAAACCCUGACCCCUAACACAAACCCUAGCCAGACCCUGACCCCUAACACAAACCCUGACCCCUAACACAAACCCUAGCCAGACCCUGACCCCUAACACACACCCUGACCAGACCUUGACCCCUAACACUAACCCCUAACACUAACCCUAACUAGACCCUGACCCCAUACACUAACCCGAACCCCUCACUAAUACACUAACCACACCCUGACGCUGAACACUAACCCUAACCCCUAACACUAACCCUAACCAGACCCUGACCCCUAACACAAACUCUGACCCCUAACACAAACUCUGACUCCAAGACUAACCCUUAACACAAUCCCAAACUUCAACCAUUAAGCCCAAAUCCCUCCUCUAACCCUAAUCCCUGAACCAGAAAUCUAACCCUGACCCGGACACGUAACAUAAACCAUUACCCGAAAGCCAGACACUAACUAAAGCCCAGGCCCCUAACCCAGACUCCAACCCUAAAUCAAACCCAGUCCUAGCCCAGACCCAAAAUUUAAUCCCCUUAACCCAACCCUAAUCCCCAAGCCAAAAUCUUCCCUUAACCGAGACCCAGAUGCCAACCCCCAGGCACUGGCUCCCGUUAAACCCCCACAAACCCGGACAACAGCCCAAACCUCAGACCUCUAAACCUGGACCCUAACCAGGACUCUAACCCUAAUCCGAGCCCCCUGCGGUGGCCACGUAGAACCUCUCCCUCCGAGCGGCAGGAACGCUCGGAUAUCCCGGCCGGGUUGCGUCACCGGGCCACGGCUUCUCAUCUCGACGAGACGCGCUCCAGGUCAGGCGUAAGACUUGACGUGCGGUGUGACGGGAGCGGGAAAUGUUUUCCGGGUCCCCCUGGUAGGUAGAUCUGGAGUGGGUGGCACGUGGUGCUGCUGCCCUAAGUAGUAGCCACAGCUGUAUUGAGACGUUAUACUGGAUGUGCUGUGGCCUUUGGUGUGGCAAAACCGGUUAAAAUUAAGCCCUGGUCACGACCCAUUUCAUUGCCUCCUGUGACGGGGUGGUGAAGGAGGAGGCGUUCGCCGAUAUUGAGCCGAUGGGAACCGCGCGCGCAGUGCGGUUCUUCGGAGCCUUAACCCGCACACACAGUUGGUCGCACGGAAUGCGGCGGCGCCACCGCCGUCUCCGAGACGGCAGAAACUCGUCCCCCGGGUCCGCGUUCGGUCGUCCCGUCGGGCCCGGCGGUUCUCUCGUUUGCGGUUUAUGUGGACGCGGCGGUUAAAAAGUGACGACGUUGACUCUGUGACCGUUCACGCCGAAGUCGCGCGCUUGGUUCGAUUAGCGGCGGCUUUUCUCUGCGUUGGGAAUGUUUUUUUGUUACUUGUGAUUUUUCACCGAUUUACAUUUUUCGCUGCGAGGUCGCGCGCGCGCAGUGGCGGGCUCCUGCAUUUUCAGUGGAGGGCGCAAACCCCCCCCCCGCCCCCCACGGAUGGGUUCUUGAACACAGGUUCACGCGAUUUGAUAGCACGUUCCUCCUUUCCCGUUAGCCUACCGCUGACCGUCGAGAAAAUAUGUUCCAUAAAACGUGAAUGACACUUUUAUCAAUAACACUGCCCUAAAGAGGAAAACACCAUAGGUCACGUUUGCUUCCUUCCUUCCGAGCAACUCCCCACUGUCGCUAUUCCAAUGCAACUUCGCACUUUUAUUUUAACCCUCCCCGCCCCCCUCCCCCCCCGUCUGAUUCUAUUCCAGCACUUGACGUUGUGCUAUAGCAGGCGGGAAAACAAAUAAUGAUACCCUGCUGAUGAUCCCCUAUUAACGGUAAGACCCGGUGCAUUGGAAUAGUGGGAGUUACCUUGCUGCCGCAAAAUAAACUAAACUUUGUAUUUGGCCAGGUAAGGCCCACUGAGCUAUACAGCUCUUUUUCAGAAGCUACCCUGGCCACUAAUGAUAGCUCAACGAAGUGGCUUAUCACGUGGAAAUUUAUAGCAAUCAAUUACUCUAAACGCGUUUUUUUUUAAUGAAUGUGGAGGGAAAAACCGGAGGACCCGCAGAAAAAUCCACUCGACCACGGGGAGAGAGACACGCAAACUCCAAAGACACAGCAGGCAAUGAGGGUAGGGUCAAGAUCGAACCCACGACCUCCUGUAAACCAGGCGAGGUAGUUAACAUUUCAACACCGCGGCACCCCUAAAUGGCCUGGGUCCCCCCAGCUAUGCUGAGCCGUUCCAACAGAAAGACAGAGCCACUCGCGUUUUAACUACUCUUAGCAAAUGUGACGAUCGCUCUUUUAACUCCGCAUUUCUACCGCGCAUCCGAGCCGAGCCAGCGCAACCCCCCCCCCCCCCCUCGGCACGGAGUGGUUUUUCCACAGCUGCUGUUCGCCGUGCUGAGCCGGAACCUGACCCGUGGUUCGAUGCAGGCCUCGAAACACAUCUGGCUUAAGGGUCUAGCGGGGGCGCUAGCGACGUGUUCAACAACGUUCAACGUUGUCCAGUCGCUCGUGCUCGCGCGUGCCUCCUAAACGCGAGCACGAGCGAGCGUCCCCGCUCGCUCGUGGGCACGGCGUCUGCAGCGGGGGGGGGGAAGCACAGCCUGGCACGUCCUGAGCUGUGAGUUUGGUAUAAAUCUCGCAUAUAUCGCUCCACUCGAUAUAUAUCGACUCCAUGUAUAAUAUAAUAUAUUAUAAUAUAUUAUAACCGAGUCGAUGUAUAUAUAUUAUAUGUAUGUAUAUAUAAUAUAUAUCGCUCUGUGGUGUUGGAUCACUUUUGUAGGGGUUUUAUCUUCAGGUAAACAACUUGUAUGUUUUGGUUUUGUGUUAAAGUUAAACUUGUUUGCGCGAUGCCUGGGUUUGGGGGGUCUUAAUUUGUUUUGCCCCCCCCCCCCCCGCCGCCGUUCCCAGUACCUCCCCCAGGAUUCAUUUGUUUGACCGUCGUCUGACAGCUGAUGUGUUCGGUGCUGUUGCUUCAGUGAAGACGAACGCUGGGUCCGCGGUUUGAAACAUUCUGCAACACGGCCGGGCGAGCGGUGUAAAUUAUCAAACACUUUGGGAGGGGUGAACGCGAGAGUCGAUCGACAAUUUUUUUUUUAUAUUCGAAUAACUUUAUCACUCUUCCUUUGAACGAAUAAAUACAUGUAUGCACACCCCUA